AUGUUCCCAGUAAUGUCCAACCAUCGCCUCUGGUGGGGUAGGCUUCACAGGAGAGUCUGCCUGAGCCAAGCAGUGCUGAACAGGCAGCCCUUAGAGCGCAUGCACCUCAGAGUUGGAGACCGGGCUGAGCUCAGGAGGGCCUUCACUCAGAGGGAUGUGGCCACCUUCUCAGAAUUAACAGGGGAUGUCAAUCCUUUGCACUUAGACGAAGAUUUUGCAAAACACACCAGAUUUGGAAAGACAAUUGUCCAUGGAGUUUUGAUCAAUGGACUUAUUUCAGCUCUCCUCGGUACUAAAAUGCCAGGGCCAGGCUGCGUGUUUCUUUCCCAGGAAAUUAACUUUCCAGCCCCUUUAUAUGUUGGGGAAGUUGUUUUAGCUUCUGCAGAAGUGAAAAAGCUGAAGCAGUUCAUUGCCAUUAUUGCAGUAUCGUGUUCCGUACUAGAAAGUAAAAAGACUGUUAUGGAAGGCUGGGUUAAAGUUAUGGUCCCAGAAGCUCCCAAAUCCUGAAAUACGUCUUUAAAGAUACAAAUUCAGACAUCAGUGUUGUUAUUAUUGAAAGCCUCAGGGGAAGACAGGGAUUGCUGUUCUUCAGCAAGGACAGGCUCAUAGACCUGUACUGGGGGAGAGGAGCAGGUAGAGAAAUGUUCCAGUGUCCACUUAUGUUUCACUCUGGAUUAAGUAUAUUCAUCAUCUAUCUAGGUUUUCAACACUGAAAAAAAAAAAUAGGCAAUUUCCUGGUGGUCCAGUGGUUUCACUGCCAGGGACAUGGAUCCAAUCCCUAGGCAGGAAAGUAGGAUCCCACAAGCCAUGUGGCACAGCGCGCGCGUGCGCGUACUUUUCCUUUCUCCCCAAGCCACUCUAAAACAACAGUAAAUUUGAUCUUGUAUAUGUACACACACACACACACACACACACACACACGUGAAUAGAGAAGAUCAGAGGUGAUUCUAAGGUUGCACAUUGUUAACCAGGCUCCCAUGAGGUGCCAUUAAAAAAGAAAAAAAAAAAAACUGAAAAAAGUGUUAGGAAAGUUAUCGUUUAGCUUAAUGAUCUACUUUUAGGAUUUCAGACCUAAUUAGAUUUGCAUUCAUAUAACACAAACCUACCUAUAUCUGUGUAGAAUAAGAAUUUACUAAAGUCACUGAGUUUAUAAGUAGCAAGCAUUUAAUUAUUAAAGGCAAUGAUGGAAGAUAGGUCAUCUUUGAACACCUGUCUUUUAACACUAAAUAUUGUUAGAUCCUGUUCUUCAGCAGUUUCUGAAUCAGAGUUUAUUAUAAUUUGUUACUGUUUACACCAAGAUGGUGAUUUAUUGACCCUUCAGUGUCUCUUGCCCUUCAGAUGGUUUUCCUGUCACUGGGGGAGGGCUUAUGUGCAUCUUUGGACUCAGUUCUGUAAGCUCUCUUGGUUUCAUCUAUAAAGCAGGGAUAACGACUCCAUACAGGAGUGCUGGAGAUGACAGAUACAAAUAGGUAAGAACAAGGCCCAGCCUCUAAACAGUAGCUCCUGCUCUUGUCAUUCUCGUCUGUGAGCAAGGUUACAGGUUUCCUGAGUUUGGAGCUAUCUGGCCAAAAAUUAAAGAAUAGAUCAGUCUUUCAGUAUGUCAGCCAAUCUCCAUUGGUUUUCUAAACCUGGAAUAGAUCUUGAGUGCAGUUUCUGUUUUAGCAAUCCAGGUGAUUUUCUCUCUCCCUUGAAAAUAUUUUGGGGGUCCCCACCCAUUAUAUAAAUAAUACAUGCUUUUAUUAAAAUAACUGUAAGAUAAAAAAUUGAAGGAACACUGUGGUGGCCAAGUUCUUAAUUAAGAGUUGAGGGGUGUUAGAGAGGAAAUGUGCCUAAUUUGUUAUUGCUGGUCAUCCUGUACACAGCCAGCACUAUUAAGACAAGAAUCUAUAGUAGAACAUACAGGUAGUCCAUCUGUGCUCUGUGGCUUUAGAUGGUAGCUCAGACCACAGCUGGUUGCUUUGAUCAGGAAGAUAAGAUCAAAUUAAUUGGUUGCAUCUACCCACAUUUCCUAGAAAAAAAAAAUUUUCCUGCUGCUGGAUCAGUAACUAGAUUUCUUUUUAUUUGUUUACAUCAAGUGAGUGAAGUCGCUCAGUCUUGUCCAACUCUUUGCGACCCCAUGGACUGUAGCCUACCAGGCUCCUCCGCCCAUGGGAUUUUCCAGGCAAGAAUAUUGGAGUGGGUUGCCAUUUCCUUCUCCAUGUUUGUCACAUCAAGGGGAUCCUUAAAACAGACUACUAGAAAGAAUUGUUCUCAUCACUAGAGGGCAGUGUUGUGUAUAAAUGAGUAGUUUAAUAUUGUACCACAUUCUAGUUUGUGUUGGUAAUGUGGAAAAUACCAAAAUCAGGAUGCAGAGCAAGGAUGCCAUUAUCAUGAGUUUCAUAAUGGGAAGCUUAUAGAGGUUCAGGUUCAUCUGAAGAAGGUGUAUGUUUAGGUGAAACAUGAUACAUGCAGAUAAUUGGAUGUCACAUUGGAAAACAAAACGGAGAACUUGAAUCACAAAAUAAACACUUGCUGCUGAGACCAUCUGUUCCUGCAGAAUUCGUUCUCUGGGACUUAAUGGCAGUCCUGAAGUAUGGGUGUGCAAGUGGAGUGUGGUGUGAUCAUUGAUACUAUAAGUUACCAUUCUUUCAAUGACAAGCCAGGUUUGUACAGUAAUUCUAAUCCUUCAGACAGUUUUAUGAAGUUACUGUUCCAUUUUAUAGGCAAGCCAUUUUAUAGGCUCUGUGAUUUGCCCAGGGCUGUAUAGCUAGUAUGCAGUAGAGCUGGAAUUCACAUGGGCCUGCCUGGCUCCAGAGCAUUUCUUUUCUCCACUACCCUGUGGGUCUUAAAAUGUUCCCAUACUGGAACACUAUCAGUUUCUAUAAUAGUAUCUUAUGUUGCAUUUGUAUUUGGAACUACCAUCGUACAUAAUUUUUUUUCUAUUUAGAAUAUUCUAGAUCUUAUUCCCUGUUAAAUUUUUAAUGUUUUCCUCACUGUUACUUGAUGGCUUCUACCAAUACCUAUCGCCUGCACUUUUUCUAAGUUGAUAUUUAUUCAGUGAGUGUCUUCAGAACAGAAUUACUGAAAGAGUUAUUCUAAAGAUGAAACUGUGUGCAAGUCAGGCGUUGUGGGGACUUGUGUAUAUGAGAUCUGAUGGAUAGCUGAUUAACAGUGUGUAACUUAAAGUAGCUUCUCAGGAAUGUUUCCCUUUUUUUUUUUUUUGAUGCUCCAUAGAUGUCAUGGUCUUCUUUGAUCUUUAUAAACUGAAAGAAGAUGGAACAGAGAAUUAGGCAAGGAUUUAGGGAAACUCUGUAAAUGAUGAUUUGUUACUUUUACACUGAGCCAAGAUUCUCAGACCACUUAUGCUUUGUUAAAGCUGACUAUAGCACAAGCUAGCUGGCUGGCUUUUUCAUUUUGAGCUCUCUACAAGUUGCCAGAAAGAGUGACUCUUCUAAUGAAAGCACGAGUGACUCUCAUAUAGGAAAUCCUCUUGCAAGUAAUUGAGAAGUGGCUUUGACUGUCCAGGGUCACAAAGAGAAGUGAGUACAAAAGUACUGACUGAGAGCAAGGCAGAUAGUCCUAGUGCUUCCCACGGAGGAGCAUUAUAAGGCUGCAGUUCAUAGGAUGUUUGAUCGCCACAGAAAUACAUAUCCAUCAUAAGCAAUUUCAGCCUAAUGUACUGGAAAAUUGCUUAACAGAUUUUUGUAUUUGAUUAGAAACAUUUCCACAUUGGUGAAAUGCCACUCAUUUCUUUUUCUGAGCAGUGAAUCUUAAGUAGCAGCAGGGAGAAAGCCUCCCCACAGCCACCGUUCGUCUUGCGUGUUCAGCUAGAAAAAGAAGAAACUGCUAAAGGCCCAUUGGUGCCUCUUAGGUAACCACAGGUUUUCAUUUUGUGCUGAAUUAUUAGGCAUUUUUCUUUUUAUGUUCUUAGAGCAUGAUUAAGAGACCAAUUUACUCCCAAAGAAAAUUGCUACUAAAUUACAUCUAUUACGUUUUGACAUUAAAACAUACUCUUACCAAAGGUCGACAGUCAUUGAGCGGCUGUGCAGCUCUGAAUGCGUCAUGUGCCGGCAGAGUUUAUUAACUGACUCUGCAAGUGCCGUGAAAUGACUCUGGGACUGCACUUGAGUCUCUCCAGGGUCCCGGAUGUUUCACUCCCUUUGUCCUUGGCUUUUCUUCCUAUGGAUUACACACAGAGACCAGAAUUUUCAACAUCUUCAGAGAAAUUUUGGUUUGCAGAAAAAUCAUAAGAAAACCUAAGACAAAUGUGGACACUACAUAAAUAGAACAGAAUUAAUAGAAGGCUCCACAAACAGUCGAUUUCUAGGCCACAAUCAAUUUCUUGGGUGGCUCUUAGUGAGGCCACAGUUCACAUGACCUUAUAAACCAUGAGCAAAAUUCCUCUGCGAUGUGAUGAAAAAUUCCACUAUGUAAGGGAAGUAAGAAUAAUCACAAGUGACUUGAAUUUUCUUUUUUUUUAAUGCAGAUCAUGAAUAUUUAAAGAAAGAAAAUAAUUCUGAGUGGGGAGGCGAUGCUGCUUAGGAAGCACUGAGUGUUUCACUAGGUUCUGUGAGUUGAUUUGUAGAACAGGUGCCAGGUCUGGAAGCGUCCUCACUAAAACUCAUUAUUUUCAGUCAGUCUGGCCAAAUGUCAAGCCGUUAAAAAACCCGUGGACUAUCUAAACAUUUGGCAGCAUACAAGAAUAUAAAUCUUGCUUUAUUUUCCCUUGCAGCCCUGAGUAGUUAUGUAUAUAGCAACAGAAGUACUGCAUAUCUCAUUUGCUUUACCCAGUAUGAGACCGGAAGCAAAGUAGAUUUGCUUCAGAUCAGCUCUGGACUAGGGAGUUUCUCCACAUUCACCGUGAGCCACUUCAAAAGCCAACUGGCUUUACAGACUAUCAUAGCCUAGUCUCCAGAGGAUCCAGGGAUCCAGUUAAGUCUAGGCUCUUCAGGGCACUGAUUUGGGUAGAUAAGAUUAUAAGGCUCUCUAUAGUAUUUAUUCUCAGAGGCUUCAGGCAAGAAUUCCUCGAGCACAGAAAAGCCUAGAUUGAGAGUUAGUCUCUGGCUUCAGUCCAUCAAAUACAUGAUUUCUCACUUUCAGUUUCAUUUCCUUAGUAAGGAAGAGGACAGGCUCUCCUUUGAUGACCUUUGCAACCCAGUUGUAUAAUAUUGUUAUGUUUUUUCCUAAACAUACAAGUAAAAUAUUUUUAGAGACAUUUUGAAAAGUGCAGAAAAAAUAGCAUCAUGAUUCUGUUUGCUAAAGACCUUCAGCUAAUAUUUUGGUGGGCUUCCUUCUGAUGUUUUUCCUAUGAACAUUUUAAAAUCUUGAGAUCAUAAAAUGCAUAUAUUGGGUUUUCUUCCUACUUACUGUUGUAUCUAGGGCAUUCCCCAACAUCAUUAAAUAUCCUUUGAUAAUCUAACUUUUAA